AUGGGUAUUAUGUCAUUUAAAGAGAGCCAGUAUAGCAAGGCAAUAGGCUAUUUUACAAGAUCGAUCGAUUUGGACAAAUAUUUGGCAUGUUCCUACUUUAUGAUGGCGGUCAGCUACCACAUGUCGGGUGACUCGAACCAUGCAAUCGUCUAUUACGACGAGACACUUGGUAAACUACGUGGACACGAAUUUAUAGACUACAAACAACUCGGACUAGACUAUAAGUUGUUGGAAUGUGAAGUAUUGUUUAACAAGUCAUUGGCACUUGGCAAAGCCGGCCAACCAGUUGCCAACCAAGCCCUACAAUGUAAAACACUCCCAUCAAACGACAAAACAUUUUCCGAUACUCUAAGAAGACUGGCUCAAGGACAAACUUCAUUUCAACCUCGAGUAGCACCCAUGGACAUUCUUUUCCAACCCCCCAAAGUUAGUGAUAAAGGUCCUCCCAAAGUUGAAAAAUAUGAACCUAAAUUAUCUGCUUCUCCUCCUCCCUCUAGUUCAUCAUAUGCAUCAUCUGCUCCCACUCCCACUUUAUCCUCUUCCCCUUCACCUUCACCUUCAUCUACCUCAAAUAGUAUUAUUUCAAAUAUAACCAAUGGGUUUGGAUUAUUUCAAAGUUCAAGUUCUAGUUCUAGUAGCGCUCAACCACCACCUCCUCCAAAAAAACCGUUACCUUCUAUUUCUUCUUCUUCUUCUUCUUCCUCUUCGUCGUCGUCAAUUCCAGCAGCACCACCACUACCAACCACCAAGAAAUUACCGUCACGACCCAUAUCAAUGGUGAUUAAUGAGAUUUCUGUGACGAUUAAAUGUUUUUACCAGGAUCGUCGUUUGAUCCAAAUCACCAACAACUGUACCAUUUCAACAUUACAACAAAAGAUUCAACUAAAGUUUGGAAUCGAUUAUAACCUAUUAUUUAAAUACCGGUCUUCAAGAGACGACUUUACCUUUAUCACCACUCAAUCAAUUCUCACAAGUGCUCUAUCCAUCCCCAUUCAAGAACUGUAUCUUGUUGAAACACGUGAUGAAAUUAAUCAAUUUGAACAUGACGCUAAACCUCAAUUACCAACCAAUAGUACAUCAAACCAAUCAUCACCACCAAAACCAACUGUACCACAAAUCCCAUCUAAACCACGUUUUCCUCCUUCUUCUUCUUCUUCUUCUUCAUCACCAUCAUCAGAUGUAUCAACACCAUCACCACCACCAAGAUUUGGUACAUUGCCAAGAAGAAAUCCAACCUUUUCAUCACCAACUCCACCAUCUACACCAACCACUCCGUCACCAGCUCUAUCAAAUAUUCAAAAAUUCAAUUCUCUUGGUACUAGUCCUAGUGGACCAACUGUACCACCACGUAAUGGUACUUUUAGUGGUAGACCAUCACCAUCACCAUCAUCGGCAUCAUCCAAUGGAGUUGCUAUUCCACCCAGACCUGCAGGUACAUUAAAACGACCAGCAAUGGUAAACUCUUCAUCUCCACCAACCAACAACAACAAUUUUAAAAUUCAAUCUUUAUCGGCAUCAGUACCACACCAACAAUCCAAUGACAUGACAUUUGAUGAUUCUCAAAUCGAACCUCCUUACAAAGUUUGUUUUUCUCCUUCUGGUGAGAAAUUUUAUCUCAAUCUAGAUACUGGUCAAGUUUUUUGGAAUGUUUCAGAAUUGGAAUAUUAA